ACAACAUUAAUGGAUAACAAUAACAACAACACUAACUAAUUAAUACAUUAAUGACACUAGCAAUAACAUUAAUAUAUAACAAUAGAAACUACACUAAUAGUACAUUAACAAAAUAGACAAUUUAAAAAGUAAAACUAAAUUGUAUGCUUUAAAGAAUUUUAAUUUUAAUAUUUUUUUAUUUACCAUUUUUGUAGUUCUUUGUUAAACUUAUUUAGUACAUCAGUUUGUGUAGAAAUAGGGGAAAUAAAAUGAAGAAAUCUGCCAAAAUCACACCACUUGAAAAGGCAGAGUCUCUUGCUGAGGAAAAAGAAAAUCGGUCUAACAAAAUAAUAUUACUGUCGGUGAUAUGUAUUUUGAUAAUGGAAUUAUGUGAAAGACUCACCUAUUACAGCAUUACCGCAAACUUAGUCUUGUUUGCUAAAAACAAGCUAAAGUAUGAUAAUUCUAUAUCCAGUUACAUUGUCCAAAUUUUUUCAGGUAUGAGUUAUGUGCUGCCAAUCAUUGGGGGUUAUAUUUCUGAUAGCAUUUCUGGAAAAUUUAAUGCCCUUUAUGGAUAA